GUAGCGGCAAAAAUGGCGGGCAGCAAAUUGAAGGCAAUUUAGGCGCCAAACAGUAUCUAUUACUGGCGGGAGUCCAUAGAUUGUUUUCACCGGAGAAUUGGAAGGCCUGAAACAAAUUCUUCUGAAGAAGAAACCAGUAGGAAAGAUUCUUACUCAGAAAUCAGUAAGAUAGCUCUGGAUUCUCGAGAAGCCCUUUCCCUUUCAUUUUCAGUUUGUUCUGGAAUUUCAGCAUAUUUGUGAAGCAUAGUUAGCUAAGCAUCGCCGAAUUUCGGAAGGAAAUCGCAUCGUUUCAUCUUCUAUAGUUUAUUUUCUUUUAGCGCGACAAAAUUUGAUCUGGGCACUUUUCUUUUUCUGUAUUUUUGCUCAACCAUUUCUGGAAAAGUUAAAACAAAUUCAUUCUCAUCUGGGUCGUGAAAAUGACGGAAGUUGAGCCGAUGAAGAUUGACAUUGGAGAUGAAACGAAGCCGAAAAUCAGUGAUCCAGAUCAGAAGAAGCAACCCCUGAAGAGAAAAAGAUUGGGGCCGAGUUUAUGCAAAGCAAGCCCUGAAGAAAAACAGGCGAAAAUCGAUUCACUCCGUAAUGAAAUCAGUAGUCUUGUUAGAUUUUGUAAAGAAUUAGUCUUAGAAAACAGAAGGGCAUUGCUGGAAAAUGUGGAGAAAGUUGGGAACUCUUCUGCUUCUUUGAAUUGUAUGAUUGCAUGUUUAAUGGAAGAGAGUGAUCUUCCUUUGUUCAAGCUUGUGGAUGAGAUUUUCGAGAAAGUUAAGGGUAGAACUGGCAAUGGUGAGAGUGUUACCAAGGCUAGCGUGAAGAGUACUGUGCUUAUGAUUGGGCAAAGAUUAUGUUAUGGUGUAGCUAGUGCAGAAGCUGAUCUUUUGGAGGAUGAGGCUGAGUGUGCUCUUUGGUGUUGGGAGGUUAGGGAUUUGAAAUUGAUGCCAAAAUUAGUGCGUGGACCUUUGAAAGUCCGCCGUACUUGCCGUAAAAAGAUCCAGGAGAGGAUCAAAGCUGUUCUAGCAAUGAUAAAUGCACUUGAAAAGUUGGAGGACCAUCAAACUGGAUUGCAAGAAGUGAGAAAAGCUUCGGCAAAGCUUGACAAAGUUCUAAAUGAGGCCAAUAUCAGGUUGUUAAUGGAGAACAUGUCAUGGAAUAAUGGUGCUGAAAUGGAUGGGAAGGAAGUCAAGAAAGAAGAAAAACUAUUAAUCAAGGAAAUGGAGAAAAACAAACGAGAACUGGAGAAAGAGAGGAAGAAGAUGGAUCGGGAGCUUCAGAAGGAAAAGUUGCAAAGUGAAAGAGAACUGAAGAGGUUGCAUAGUGAGGUGGAAAGGGAGGAGAGGCGCCGUGAGAAAGAAGAAUAUGAAAUGCAGAAACAGCUGAAAAGACAGCAAGAGGAAGCAGAGAAAGAUCUAAAACGCAAAGAGAAGGAGGAAGCUGAGUUAAAGGAGCAACUUGCUCUCCAGAAACAAGCAUCACUGAUGGAGCGGUUCCUGAAAAAGAACAAAACCACUACAUUUCCGCAUGACAAUUUUUUGAACAAAGCCCCCGCAUUUGUGUCCUACUCCAACAUGGUUGAAAGGAAGUCAGAAUCAGUUACCAUAGAGAUGGAUACUGUUUUGGCCCAAAAUGUUGGAGUCGAGGCUGAAGAUAUUUGGAAAUCACACUUAACUUCGUGGCGCCGCAUUGGAAAUUCAAUCCGUUCAAACAGGAAAGUACAUUGGGGCACUCGUCAGAAGCCUAAGACUGAACUGGUCAAGGAACUUAAGCUUACUGCUAAUAGAGAGCCAACUUUUGAUGAUGAGUUGGUUGUGGAGAAGCUUGUGGAUGGAUGGGUUGACAAUAAUGUUGACGGAAGAUUGUCUGGGGUGAAAGUGGAUAGGCCUCUUUCCAAUUGCCAGGAACAACCACGAAUUAAGCAGCUCUUGCAGUUUGAUAAGAGUUAUAGGCCUGCUUUUUAUGGUGUUUGGCCCAGGAAAAGUCAAGUUGUUAAAGCGCGUCACCCAUUUGCAAAGGAUCCAAAUAUAGACUAUGAGAUAGAUAGCGAUGAGGAGUGGGAAGAGGAUGAACCUGGUGAAAGCCUAUCAGAUUGUGAUAAGGAUGAUGAGGAUGGAAUUACAGAAGGACAUUUAAAGGGUGAUGAUGAAGAUGAAAGUGAAGAUGGAUUUUUCGUUCCUGAUGGAUAUCUCUCAGAGAAUGAGGGAGUGCAGGCUGAUGAAAUGGAAUCUGACGAAUUGGUUGAGGAAGUAAGAAAUCUGCCAGAUUCUCAAAAGCAAAUACCCUCUGAAGAAUUCUGUACCCUGCUCCGGCAACAGAAGUAUCUCAAUAGUUUAACUGAGCAUGCCCUUAAAAAGAACCAACCCUUGAUCAUUUCAAAUCUUAUGCAUGAAAAGACCACAUUGUCACCCGCUGAAGAGCUCACUGGUACAGAGAAGCUUGAAAGAUUGUGCUUGCAAACUCUCUCUAUUUGUCCUUUGCCUGAUAUUCCGAGCAUAGAAAUAUCAGUUAAAAAUGAUGUGAUCGACGAUGAUGUAGAAUCUUCAUCUAACAAGUCCAGCCCGACACUUCUUGCAACUGCUGCUGCUAUGCUUGACUGCAACUUACCUCAGAUUAUAUCUGUCAUUCGGUCGUGCCCACAUAGUAUUGGAAAAAUAGUAGAGACUCUGCAUAAUAAGUUUCCGGCUAUCUCAAAGUCCCAAUUAAGGAGUAAAGUCCGAGAAAUAUCAGAUUUCUCAGAAAGUGGUUGGCAGGUUAAGAAGGGAAUUCUGAGCAAGCUUGGUCUCUCCAUAUCACCAGAAAAGAAGUGUACAAAGGCAAAGAGCAUUAUUACAUUCUUCUCUAAACGUUGCCUGCCUCCAUCUGGGAAGACUGUGGACUUGAGCGAUACAUCCCCGCAGCCCUCCCGCAAACAUGCAUCAAUCGUCCAUCCACAGCAGGACUGCACGCAGGAGCACUGAUGAGUGAGUUGUUCUUGUAUUUAUUGCCUGUUGCAUAUGCAAUUAGUGGUCAUUCUUUUAACUGCUGGUAGUUGUUGCAAGUCUUGACAGAUCACUUUGGUGGUAUAUUUAAGGAGAGUAGAAGUUUACUUAAGACAUAUUGUAGAGCAUGUCUCCACAGAGGUAUAAAUUGAGUGAAGUUGAAUAAGUUUUUCUUCAAGUUUGGUUUGAACAUUUGGUGGAGCUUGAUAGAGGUGUCUUAAUUUGUUUUUAUUGUUAAAUAAGUGAAUAAGUUUUUCUUUAAGUUUGGUUUGAAUAUUUGGUAGAUGUGUCUGAAUUUGUUUUUAUUGUUAAAUAAGUUAAUUUUGAGGGUGAUUUUAU